CUCAGUGUAGUCUUUUUUUUUACCAAUAACUUCACUUAUAAUUCAGUCCUAGAAGGUGGAGAAAGAAUCAUGACGGCUGAGAGAAAUGGAUAGGAUUUAAAGAGGCUAUAUAAUAGACAUGCUGCUUUCGCUGUGGGUAAGACAAAGACUGAUGGAUAGCUUGAUACCUUGUGAUAUGAACAGGACUGAAAGUGAUCACCACCACAAUGUUUACAUGGUGAGCCCACUCUAGCCCGACAAAUCCAUGGUGACACACUUACAUCAUCCAGGGAAGGGGUGAUGACGAGGCUGCAAAUUCUCACCACUAGAUGAUGAUAAGACAUAUCUCAUCCCUGCCUGGGUUUGACAUGUUAACCUCUCUCUACGCAGAAAGCCAGACUGGCCCGGAUAAGAAUAGCCCAGACGGGCAGCUCCUGCACGGGCUUCCUCCAGAGCAAACGCAACGACCUCCUCAACGAACUGCUGGAGCUCACGGGAUCAGAGGAAGAGGAACAGCAGCUCAACAAGGGCAUGUCGUUAUUAGAGAGCCAACACCACCACCUAUUGCACUGUCUGGAGAAGACCACUGCCCAUGAGUUUGUGGAUGAGCAGCUGUAUGAGCAGAACUGCCUGGAGACCACGAUCCAGAGCUACACCUCCCGCAGCCCCUCCUUCUCUAGCCAGGAUGGGCCCAUAGGCACCUGCUGUACCCGCCGGGGGAAGAUGAACUCCCCACUACCCAACUCCAGCCUGCCCCUCCAGCCCAGCCAUCAGCAGGGCUCACUACAGGAGCUCAGCGCCCUGCACAUCCAGUGUGGGGAUAAGCUGCCCCAUACCACCAGUCGCUCCAGUCUCAACAUGAAGACAGACGAUGUGGGCCUGAUCAACUGCAAGGGCAGUCAGAUCACCACGGCGAUCAUCAGCAUCCCCACGGCCCCCUCCGACACCACUGACGGGGGCGCUCUCCACGGACCCCCCCAGCGCAGACCCCCCCCACCCCCCACCGGCCCACAGGCCCCCAGCAUCAACACCACCGCCAGCUCCAAUGUCAUCAAAGUAUCCGCUCUGUGACUGUGUGACGAACCCAAUCGACAGACUGACUGAGCAGGAGGAGAGGUGAAGGGGACUUUCACUUGAACUCUGCCUUGAAGGACCCUGUCGCCUGUUUAGAGGAAGAGAAAUGGGAGGGAACUCCCAUUUUCCAAGGAAUGUACUUGGCCUUUUGAGAAGCCAGGGGAUAGGCUACUGUAUACUGAGAGAAAUGUUGAAACGCAAGUCAGCUGAUGGUAGGCUACUGUGUGCCCAUUUCCCAAAAACGGGCCAGUACGUUUGAAUUGCGGGAAUCGACAGGACAAAGGAAGUCACUGUGUCUUUGUGCACUUCGCACCUACUCUUUAUUUUCUUGAUCUGGCUACAGCUCAACCCUAAAUGUGUAAAAGAUAUUCUUCUUACACUUACAAGGUUCAAAGGAGGAUGAAGACAACGAUCAAUGUUUUAACUCGAGUUUGGUUGGUCUUCUUUGCGUUUUCUGUUUGUCGUAUCUAGUUUCACCUUGAUUGAUACAGUUUUGGAGUUUUUUCACUUCUCCAGUGGACGAGGUGUGUCGGUUAAUAUGAUUGUGGUGAUUUUUGUUUGUUUGUGUAUGUACGUGUGUGAUACUUUUAUGAAAUGUUAAUAUUUUAGUGGUUUUUUAAAAUCUGAUUUAGAUUUUCAUCAGUCCACAAUGCCCUUAAAGAGUGACUGCCCCUAAAAAGCCAUUUCUCGUUUUGAAAAUGGCCUAUAGUGGGAUCGAUAUGAGUCAGACAUUUAUUCUACUGUCAAAAUCAAAUACAAAAUGUGAAUAGGAUAAUUUGGGUCAUAAAUUUAUUCUCAUCCAGAUUUGUGAGAUGUCAGGAAAAACAUGUUCUAGAAUGAAGGGUACCAUAACAGUUUUCCUUGGGUUUGGUAAUGCCCAUGGUCAGUUUUGUUUGACAUUCAAUAUCCCUAUGGGGCUUGUUAGGGACCACAACAUUCUGAAGGUGAAUAGCUCCAAAUUUCAAUAAAUUUAAAAACCUCAAACCAAUUAUACACUGCUCAAAAAAAUAAAGGGAACACUUAAACAACACAAUGUAACUCCAAGU